CAAAUUCUUAGAUUUUUAUACUUUCUCUUAAACGACUAAAAAUGUGUGCGCACAUUUUCUGCAAUUGAAGAGAAAUUAUGAAAAUAGCCGUUUACUCAACGUCGGUUUCUUCAUUCAAUUAUCCCUGUAUUAUUAUAUCCCGGCUUAUUAAACAUUCGACUGAAAUUACUGAGGAAGAUAAUUAAACUUCCUGUCUCUGUAUGUAACAUCCGCGUGCGCCAAUGCAUAGAUUAUGACGAUAUUGGUUAUGUAAUUGGUGUUUAUGUUUAACUCAUCUGUAAUAUGGUUUUCAGCUGCCGAAGAAAUCAUGAAGACAUGUAUAAUGCAGCUUCGUUUGCGACAAAAUGAUCUAAAAAUGUUAUUGUAUUUCUUUUCACUCUAACGAAACAGUAACUUCCGAAAUUUGGUUAUUGCCAUCGCACAACGCUACUGGCUUUCUCGCCUCCUGUUGCCGGACAAAUGUGGUCUCCAAAUUGUACCCACUACCUAUUGUGGUACAUCCAUAGAGAACAACUUAAAGGCAGCUCUUUGUUUUCAGUUGUGAUAAUGGGACUGCUUAUCGUACCAACAGCGCUAUUGAAUGCGUUAAUAUUACUGACAAUCUGGCGGAGACCAACAUUUCACAACCCUUCAAACAUCUGUAUCUGUAACCUUGCUUUGUCGGACCUUUCUGUUGCUGUCAUUGCAAUUCCUUUAAUGAUUACUUGGAAGCUUUACGAAAUGAACUCUGGCGAGCCAAGCAUCGUGUGCUCCUUGGCUUACAGUGCCAUGUCUUUGGGAUCGAUUGUCAGUGGAACAUCAUUCUUUACGCUGACUCUAGCGAUUUUGGAUCGCUUUCUUGCCCUAAGACUUCAUCUUCAUUACCGUUCAAUGGUAACGAAUGGUCGUGUUAUUCGGACUUGUAUUUCUACUUGGAUUGGAUCGUUCAUUGUUUCAAUGUCUCUAUUCAUUGAUGUAUUUAUAUACGACGUUCUUGUUUUAUCGGUGAUGAUUCCUUGUAUGGGUUUGUUUGUCUUUUGCCAUUACAAGAUAUUCAGAAUUGUACAGCAUCACAAGAAUCAAAUACAUGUUCAAAUGAACAGCCCACAGCAAAAAACGUUUUCGAGCUUAUCCCGUUACAAGAGCACUGUCUCUACUCUCAUAUACUUAAUACUGGUAUUUUUCAUUUUGUAUGCUUCUUUUAUAAUGUUUUCUUUCUAUCAUCAACUUGUAGGCCAUACUAUUUUCUAUAUGCAUGGCUGGACCAUAUCAAUUCCUCUUAUGUACAUAAACUCUGUCUGCAAUCCUCUUAUCUAUUGCUGGAAACUGAGAGAAUUGAGACAAGCCAUGAAGAAAACAUUUUUCCAUUUAAUUGGGAAAGAUGAUGUUUCGGCUACUUGGGCAACUAAAACACAUAGGACUGCUUUUAAUUGAACGAGUAAUUUUAUCUAUGUUACAAGCGAAAAGGAAAAAUAAAUAGAGCACUUGUUUAAUUGGUAGUACGAAAUCUUCUGCAGAACAACAUCAAAAAUAUAUGACCUUGUUUGGUGAUAAUCUUACCAUAUCUUCAAGUAAUGCAGUUGCCAUUCAUACAUUUCCUGUAUGUUACCUAACAUCAAUGACGUCGAAGGCCGCUGAGGACAACAGCAAUAACUGUUAAAAAGUACUAUAACCAUCAAGAUAUUCAUGAUAACUCGGCUGGACUCUUUGGAUAGGAAAACAAUAAACGAGAGAAGACCUCUUCCACGAUUCACGAAACACAAGGGACAAGUUAAAAACAUCAAAAACAGCAAGAAACAACAAAAAAGGGACCAGGAAAAAGAGCAACAGCAACAACAUCAAAAGCGACCAAGUGAAUUUUCCAAAAUGUUUAAUCUGCAUAGCUUGCUUUAGCACUUCCUAAUAGUCGCAAUAAAAGCUAACGCUUUCAUGUUGUUCAUAUUCAGUGCUUUUUGGAGUUUGUCCGUUAAUAAAGCUAGCAAAUAAAG